AACGCUAACCCUCCUUGUAAAAAUAUUCGUUAUGAAUCUAAUAGUGUGUUGUGCCUAGCCGCCACUUAUCAUGAACGUCCGCGGUCUUUCUCGUCGCCUUUGGGUCUUCAAUAAGAAGUGGCCAGUCCAGCUGCACGUUGCGUGAGCGUUUACUCGGCGUCCUGGGCUUCAAUCACGCUUCUAUUUGUCAGUACUUUCUGCCUCCGGCUCCUACGCGGGCCGAUACCUAGCCUACAUUAAUAUGAUGCAUCUCCGACGCUCUCCAGCGUGCUCAAGCCAUGCACGGGCGGCUCCUGUGCCCCCGUGCCUGGUCCGCAGCGUCAGUAAGCGGCUGCCUACCAUUCGCGCCGCGUCGGCACGCCUACGCAUGUGCGUGUCCGUCCGCGCCGUCAACUCCGACGCAUUCCGUCCGAACGCUGCGCCACCUGUGGCUCGACCUGCUGCACAGCAGCUCGCUCCGCCGGUUAAGCAGCAUGAUUUCCUUGUGAUUGGAAGCGGCAUAGCUGGACUCACAUAUGCCUUGAAAGUCGCCGAGCAUGGAACUGUGGCCAUAAUCACCAAGGACAACGCCAACGAGGGAUGCACGCGCUACGCUCAGGGCGGUGUAUGCGCAGUGCUGGAUAAGAGUGACAGCGUCACCGAUCACGUUCGUGACACCGUUGUUGCCGGCGCCUUUCUCAAUGAUUUGCAGGCCGUGGAGGUUGUAUGCCGUGAAGGGCCCGCCCGUGUGCUGGAACUGGUCGAGCUUGGAGCCGAGUUUUCACGCAACCCAGAUGGAACCCUUCAUCUGACCAAGGAGGGUGGGCACAGCAACCGCCGGAUUGUGCAUGCGGCUGACCUGACUGGGGCUGAGAUUGAGCGGGCCCUCCUGGCAAAUGCUCGGGGUCACAAGAACAUUACUUUCUAUGAACAUCAUAUGGUCGUCGAUUUAGUCGUCGAUGAGUACGGCGGUGCUUUGCACUGCUUUGGUGCUGACGUGCUGGACCAGCGUGCAAACACUAUGACAAGGUUCUUGGGCCUGGCGACCAUGCUGGCGAGCGGUGGCGCGGGUCAGGUGUACCCUAACACAACCAACCCUCACGUAGCCACGGGUGAUGGCAUUGCUAUGGCGUACCGGGCUCACGCUAACGUCAGCAACAUGGAGUUCGUGCAGUUCCAUCCGACCGGUCUCUAUAACCCGUCCGGGACCGGCAGCGCAUUCCUAAUCAGCGAGGCUGUGCGCGGGGAAGGCGGCAUCCUUUUCAAUAUGAGGGGUGAGCGCUUCAUGGAGCAGUACGACGAGCGGUUAGAACUGGCGCCGCGUGACAUCGUUGCCCGGUCCAUUCACGACCAGAUGCUCCGCCACGGGAAUCCACACGUCCUACUGGACAUCAGCCAUAAGCCGCGGCAUGAUGUCCUGCACCAUUUCCCAAACAUAGCGGCUAAGUGCAUGGAGCUGGGUAUUGACAUCACGCAGGACCCAAUUCCUGUGCUACCAGUGCAGCAUUACACGUGCGGUGGCGUGAACACAGGACUACUGGGUGAGACCAACGUGCAGGGCUUAUAUGCGUGCGGCGAGGUGGCAUGCUCGGGUCUGCACGGCGCUAACCGACUCGCUUCAAAUUCCCUUCUGGAAGGGUUGGUAUUCGCGGAGCGUGCGGUCAAUCCGAGCGUUGCGCAUGCCGAGCACGCCCAGCGCAGCUGCAGUCGCCAGCUCCAUUACGCAGCGGCCAGCGCCGACUUCCGUGGCCCACGUGGUGCUCGCGAGCUUAACAGCGCGCUGGCGGAGUGGGUUGCGACGCGCCGUCAGGAGCUGCGGGACAUCAUGUGGCGGUGCUGUGGAAUAGUGAGGAGGUCCAAGGAGCUCAUGGCCGCUCGUGACUACGUGGUCUCCCUAUACAUUGAGGCAAAGGCCAUUUACAAGAAUUACGGUGUAAACACACAGCUUGUGGAGCUGCUGAACAUGGCCACGGUGGCGGAGCUAAUGAUUUCAUGCGCACUUCAGCGCAAAGAGAGCCGCGGCCUGCAUUUUAGUGCCGAUUACCCGUUCAUGGAUGAAUCACAGCGCCGGCCGAGUCUUAUCAACACAUCGUUCAAGUCGCGCUAUGACCUGUCCCCGUACAUGCGCAAUGUGCCAUCUGUGCUGCCCGCUGGCACAGGUGGCCCGGCAAGCGCGGCGCAGCCAAAGCGUGUAGCUCGAAAGCAGGUUCAGAGGGACCGUGAACUUGCUGUGCGUUCCACUCCACAGGACUUAUGAAAAGCUGUAAACCAAGGGAAGAGCAUGCACCGUGACCUUGCGGUUAGCGGCUUCAUUACGUGACGAAGUAAUAGGCGGUGCUUGAUUCUUCUGCAGGCCUGAGCGUGUUGAUGAGAGGCACACGACUGUGAUGCCUGGAUUGGGCAGCAGUCUGAAAGUCAAUUCAUGUAUGGUAUGUUGACGGCUGUAGUUUGCUGUGGGCGCUUUGGUGGUGCAAAUCUGAUGUGAUUGCGAUUGUACAUGCUAAGGAAAUGUGUAUGGAAAUGUGGUGUGCAAUCUUAGCCAACGAUAUUGUGCAGGCCGUACUGGCUUGUAAGACGUCUGUUGAG